UGAGAGAGCAAGAUACAGUCUGGUCAUUUCUACUGUUUCCUUCUUUGGAAUAAGCCGAGGGUAAUAUUUACAAGCAGUCCCUUUAAAACUGAUAAACAGGUCCACCAACUUGUCCUACAGUUGCAAUGUCUUCUCUGCUAUGCCCUUCUCUCUGGUGCUGCCUCCUCCUCCUCUUUCCAUUAGCCUCCAGUUCUUCUUCUAAUGGGGACACAGUGGUCAUAACCAGCAGUGGCCCUAUUAAGGGCAAGCAGUUCCUGGCUGGCCCUGGAUCUGUGACAGCCUAUCUAGGCAUUCCUUACGCUGAGCCUCCCCUGGGAAAGUUGCGCUUACAGAAACCUCUUCCACAUCAGCCAUGGAAUCAAACAUUGGAGGCCACCAGCUUUGGCAAUUCCUGUCCUCAAUUUAUUUUCGCGGAUGAGCCUGAAGCAAAUAUAUGGUCUCCUAAAACACCACUGUCAGAAGAUUGCCUUUCCCUCAACAUCUGGGUGCCGCACCCACAACCUUCUUCAUUAGUGCCUAUUUUGGUCUGGAUACAUGGAGGGGGAUAUUUAGGAGGCACAUCUUCUGUGGAUGUGUUCAAUGGGGCAUCCUUGGCUGCCACUGAGAAUGUCAUUGUGGUCACCAUUAAUUAUCGCUUGGGAGCCUUAGGCUUUCUUUACUUGCCACCAGUUGCUCCAGGGAACCUAGGCUUAUGGGACCAACAGUUGGCACUGAGGUGGAUAAAAGAGAAUGCAGCUGCCUUUAGGGGAGACCCUUCUCGGGUGACCAUUGUUGGCCAGAGUGUCGGAGGAGCUUCUGUGAAUUUCCAUCUUCUUGCACCAAAAAGCCAGGACCUUUUUGCCCAAGCGGUGAUCCAGAGUGGAACAGCCAAUGCUUUCUGGGCUUGGAGGUCUCCUGAGGAAGCCAAACGGUUAUCGCUUGAAUUCGUUCAUUUGCUAGGUUGUUCCAAGGGUAAUAAUGUCGGUGUUGGGCAUUGUCUGCAAACAAAACAUAUUUCUGAAUUUAUUGAGUAUGAAAUAUAUCUGUACUACAAACUUGGAUUCCUUCUGAAUUUUCCCUUUAAACCAACUGUAGAUGAGGAUCUUUUGCUUGGUGAUCCGGAAAAGCUCAUGGAAGAGGGGCAAAUUCAGGUCAAACCAAUCCUCAUAGGUAAGACCUCUGAUGAAGGGGGCUCAUUUGUCUCCUAUAUUUUCUCUGACAUCAACGAAAAUCUCAUCAAUCAGGAGCAGCUUCUGGACGGGAUAAGACUGUUGGUGGCAAAUGCAACUGAAGAUUUUGUUCAGACAAUUGCCCUGAGGUACAGUGAAGGAAAUCAAGGCCCAACAAAAUACCGCUCUGCUCUGUCCCAAUUCUUUGCAGAUUGGGUCUUUGUAUGCCCAAUGAUUGAAGUUGCAAGAAAUUUUCGGAAAACUGGGAGUCCUAUAUAUGCCUAUUUAUUCUCACAUCACACUUCAGGGUCAGUUUGUUCUGAAUGGAUUGGGGCAUUCCAUGGUGCUGAGAUUCCUUACAUUUUUGGGACCCUUGAAUCAGUGCUGCCUGUCAAUCAAACAUACACAGAGGCUGAGGCCAGACUGAGCCGUAAGAUGAUGCAAUACUGGGCAGAGUUUGCCAGAACUGGGAAUCCUUCGGGUUUGGUGGCCACCGAGGCUGAGUGGCCGCUCUAUAAUGCCACGGAGCAGAAUUUCUUCCUUCUUAAUACUGAGUCAUCCAAGGAAGUGGAGAAAGAGCCUGAUCACAAUUGUGGUUUUUUAAAGAGGCAUUUUUCAAAGGCUGAAGACCCACAUAAGUCUGAGGAUGAUUCUGUUUCAUCAGAUUAGGAAGAAGACAGGAGGAACCAAACAAGACUUUUUUUAAAAGCCUAAGGAAAUGAUGACAAGCUGUGCCAGAGUACCUCCCAGAAGGAUCUAUUGAUUUUUUUAAGUGGGAUCUUGGAAUAUGUUCCAACUGUCCAGCAGGCAUUUCCAGAAAAAGAAACUCCUGGGACAUGAUUUUACCAAGAGUAUAAUACUUUACUGAAAAAUUCACAUUGGCACAGAAGAAAGCAAAACCAGCUCUGGUUUUGUGCUCGGAAAAUUGCUUAUUUAAAUGAUAGACUACCUCACCCCCACCCACCGGGUGUUCACAUUGUCCAACAGUAAUAUUUCUUCUUGUUAUGGAAACAGUCCAUUUCUCCUUCAAAAUCUGGCCUUGGGUUCCUGGUUGCUUAGAUACCAUUCCUCCCACCCUUGCAUACCAUUGUCAAGAUAUGAGCAAAAGAUAAAAUCUAGGUAAAAGGCUUGACAAGGUGCUUAAGGAGCCAAAUAAAACCUACAUAAUCUUUGCUGUAAAAAUAAUAAACUCUUAUAUAUUAAUAAACAACCUCUUAAUAAAUAUUGUCUGAAUUCUUUGGAUAAAAAUCAUGUUAUCCUCACAACAAUGUAAGAAAUUGAUGCAGUAUGAAAAAAAUAAAAUAAUCAGGAAUUCUGACUGCAAAAUUUUGCUAUAACCUAAUGACACAAAUGUCUUUUUUUCAUAGGGGUGAGCUCCUUAAAUCUAAUAAAUAGGCAGAUAUAGUAUUCUGGGUAUUGCAAUCAAAUAUAUUUUAAUAUAUCUUAAUAUAGAGAAAUCAGUUUAGGCAGGAUGCCUAAAUUAGCAUGUGAGCCAUUUAAUUAGAGAUUUUUCCUCGUGUGCUAUAAAAACAGUCUCGAUCUCAGAUUUUAGCAGUUACUGGGAUCUACAUUUGGAAAAGUAGAUCCCCCUGUUGCCCAUCAGCGGCCAUUCAUAGCACUAAGAAUUGGACUUUUCAAAGAUUUUCCCAUAAUAAUUACUUCUGAAACCACCUUCAUCACCUUCCCCCACCCCAAACUCCCAAUGUUUCUCUUGAAAAUUUUUUGGGAAGCACCAUCUCCACUCUUUGUGCUUUCAAUCUGGAUUCAAUUGAUAAUAAUAUCAAAUAUAAUAAAAGACGCAAUUGUUAUAAAGGUCGAAGGAGCAAGCUGAACAAAGUGCUCCAAGAGGACACGUAGCUAAAGUGGU